GCGCACCAACAUCAGUUGCAGUCUUUCCGUUGUUCCGUUCGGUUGUUCGGUGGGGCACGUCCGUCAUCACGCGUGUGCUUGGGUACGGUGAAGGUGUGUGAAGUGACGAAAACGAAAGAAAAAAACAAAACGAAACUCACUCACAGUCGAACCAUACACAAACGUACACGAAACGAAUACGAAUUCAGCAAAGAAACAAACCAGCGAUCGCUCGAUCGGUUAAACGUGCUUAUGCCGGGUGCGUGAUGUUGGGUGAAUUUUAAGUCCCUUUGGUGCAUUUGGUGUGUGGAUCGUGCCAACAAUUCACGAGUGUGUGUCUUUGUGUGCAGUGCAGUGUAAGCGAACGGCUGGGGGUGGUGGGAGUUUUGUUUUUCUGCAAGGCUCCAGGCUGAUUCAUCGUAUGCAGCGCCGUUGCAAUAAAUUCCACUGCCGUUCAAUACAUUCUCUGUGCAUUGGUGGUGUUGGUGUGUUGUUAAGAUUGAGCACCGAAAGCAGUUUUAUUUCAACAGAAGUGGAAGCUUCGCGUCAAACUGUGCGGUUGUAGGUGUUUAUUCCACAUCUUAAGCAGCAGCAUCUUCACCGCCGAAAGAGUAACGGCUACGAAUGAGCGGGUGAUAAGAAAUAAAAAUUCCAUCCCAAGGUGCGUGAGAAGGUCGUAAAUUGGGACGCACCGGACCGACGGCCGGACAGAGCUUCAUUUCAUUGGAGCCGAUUGUUUUUUCGUUCCGGGGGACUGCAAUUCUUACGUCAAAAUGGAUCGCCGUCGACAGGCACCGAUCGAUCGGUUGGUGAUCGCGUUGAAGCGGCUGUAAACGGCCACCUCCAACCUGUGCUGUAAUUGCAUUGCAUUGCGUGCUCAAGCCGAAACCACCGACCUGCGACCGAGUGAUUGACGGGGUCAGCAGUGUAGUAGGAGUGAUAUUUAAAUGUCAAAGCGAUCGUUCGACUAGGUCUAGUUACGCCAACGAAUCCCAAAAAGCGUGAAACGAAACGGAGACUGCAACCAUGGGAUACUUUUCCAAACGAAACAUCUUCAUCUACUGCUGCAUAUCGGCAUGUUUAUCAUUGCUCACCUAUCUCGUGGCGUUCUCUUGCGAAAUCUCCUGGAUAUUGGAGGCCCGCGGUGACCUGCCCAUACCGGCCUAUCUGCUGUGCGCCCAGUUUUUCAUUCUCUUCAUCUCGUCCGCGAUCUUGAUACAUGGCCUGUCGACGGGCAUAUCGUGGGGUCUGCUCAGCUGGUCGAUUAUUAUCGGUGUGCUGUCGGUACCGGAACUGGCACUAGUCAUGUACAUGACCAUACAAUAUUGGGGUCUACAAUCGGCGCACGGGCUAACGGAAUUAAUUGGAUAUUUAAUACGUUUAAUAGUCAACUGCUUAGCACUGUUGUGCGUUAUUCCGACAGCACUGAGAUGGCGACAGGAGAAGAAAGUGCUAUCCCAGCUCGAAUCGCUUGCCUCACGACUACAGCUGACCACUCCAACGCCGACCACUCCUUUCAACGCUGCCACCACCGGCAUGAACUCGCUGCGAGCGAGCAAACGCAGCACUCAGGGCGCCCCGAACGGUUCCAGCCGACGGCCCUCGACCGGGUUCGACAAUCCCGGCUACGUGCCGCACGAAAACAACUCGCUCGACAUCGUGCAGCAGUACACGGCGUACAACAAUCUGUACGGUUCGCAGAGCGAGUUUAACGCCAGCAUCUUUGGGCUACCGCCGGCCAUGCCGACCGGGCCACCGCCGCUCGUGAACGAGUGCAAAAAGACUCAGUCGCUGCUCGAUUUACGCUUCAUCUUCCCGCCAAAGUUCCUGUCCUCGCACGGCACGAUCAAUGAAAAGAAAGCCAAAGACUCCGCCGACGAGCCGGACAGCGUGCUGCAGAACAACCUGAAGAACCAGAUCCACAACAAGCUGCACGAUGUGCCGGAAAAUGGGACACUGCGACAGUCGCGCGAAAAGGACACGAAUGCCUCGAUCGACCACACGGGUACGGUGGCAACGAUGGGCGGGGACGGAUCGGCGUCUUGCGUGAACGAUCCGAUCUACUACACGAUCGAGUCGACCAAGAACAACAAGAUCCUCGGCCGGAACUGUGUAUCGCUCGAGAAUCUGGGCAACAUUACGUUCUCGGAGUCACCGCUGCCGGUGAAGAAGCAUGACCUGCCCUACUACCGGUACGGGCACAAUCUGCUCAAAAACUACGCCAUGAACCCGUGGAAUGUGCUCGCGUACAAUCCAGCGUACAGUGCGUACCCGCCGGCCUACUACCACUACCAUCUGAUGAACCCGUACCAUCUGUAUCAGCUGCAGCACCACGCAAACUAUGGUGGCGCCGGAAGUCCAAUACCGCCCGGGGGAGGCUACUUUGCAGGACCUCCGGGACAUGGGGCGCUUCACGGUGGGCCCGCCAGCUAUGGCAAGAGCCAUUCGCAACUGACCAGCUACGGGUAUGGGAACAAUGUCUAUCUGAACGGUGCCACUGACAGUCGGCAGUCGCUCGGUAAUGAGUCGGACGACUUUCGCAAGUAUCGUGAUGUGGCCCUAUAGCAGGGCGAAGGGAGCAUUCGAUCCAAAACGGGUAGCAGUUAACCAGAGAGAUAGAGGGAUCAAGCAAUAGUAGUAGCAAGCCGAUAGAUGUAAUGCAAAUACUCAGAAGUAGUAGGUAGAUAGGAUAGGGCGUAGGGCGUUGAGUAAAGCAAACGACACGAAAGCACGAACAACACUUCGACUGAGUUACCUCAAGUAUAAAAACAAAUAGUGAAAUCGAACCAGAGCGCGGUUCUGUAAGGUGAUCGGUACACUUGCUGCAGGCUGAACUGGUGGUUGUACAGGCUGUACUUAAGUCCUGUUGUUUAAAGAAUGUUAUUUAUUGUACGAUAGUGUAAGUAAACUUAAAGUCCCGAAAAUAACGAUCUAAA